AAAUGGUGGAAUUACUUAUUUUCUGGAGCUAUGGUAGAUGGGUAUUACGUUAGACGAUGACGAUGGCGAUGACGGUGACAAAUGGACGUUGAUUACCGGGCGAUUAAGCGAUUGCGCAUCGAAACUAGUUCACCGGCGUUACCGUAUCUUCUUCUUCUUCUUCCGGGUGCUGCAGCCUCAUCGAUAUCAAAUGUUAUUUCAGAAUUCAUCUACACGAAUCAAGAUGAGGUUUACCAUUCUAACGCUGACGGCUGCGCUUUGCCUCGCAUUAGUGAGCUCGCAUCCGCUUCCGGAAGACGGACUCCGAUCAGAGGCCCUUGAUCGGCUGGUGAUGGCCGAAGCUGACAAUGAGGCCGCCCUGAGGAGCAAAAGGACGAUCGGCAUUCUACGACAGCUCUUCCCCGAUAUUUCCAAGGACGUAAACCCGGAAUCGGAGAAUCAAGUGAACGAGAUCGGAUCGGAAUCGCAGAACAACGAGGUGCGAGUGCAAUUCGCGGACGAAGUGCCGAGCGACAGUUCGCCGCAGGAGUUGACGCCACUGGAUGAGACCCAGGCGGACGAAGAUGAAAACAGGAACAAGAGAUUCCUCUUUGGUUUAGGCGGCGGUUCCGGCGGAGGCGCCGGAUCGGGCAACUUCCUCUUCGACAUUAUCAGACAAGCGGCCGACGGGGCGGCAAGAGCGGCGGGCACGGUGUACCGUGUCGUGGCCGGUACACAGAGCCUCGGGCUCGGGCUAAGCGCCUCGCGCGACGUAGGCCCGGCCGCCCCAGCUGCCGCCAACCCCGCCGGCGGUACUGGCACCCCGACGUCCGGCGCACCCUCGACCGCCGCCCCAGGAGCCGGCAUUCUACCACUGCUGGUGGCCGGAAGCGGAAGCAACUCGCUGGGCUCCUCGGGCAGCCUCGACGGAAAGUCUGACGACGACAGCACGCACCACGAGGCCGUACCCGGCCCAGUCACCAGGUUCUUCGUCAUCGCUAAUCGAGGACUCUCGAAUCUCGUCCAGGAUCUCAUACUCCGUCUGGCGGCCACGAGCGAGCGCUUCGUCAACUUCAAGGCGCGACUGAUCACCUCCAUCAUCUAAGAACUCACUCGAGGAUGAGGAAGUAUAAGAAGGGGCCCCGCCGGCGUUGGUACCGCCACGUGGAGGCAUCAUCGCCGAGCCGCCUUUGCCAGUAGGAGCACGGGUACGACGUUGGCAACAAAACCUAUCUCACGGAUGUUGCCCCCUUGUCCCUGAGAUCCUGAACUCAAUUCCUUCGUCGAUGGCCGUCGAGCUCUUCGCGUCAACACAAGACACUUCGCCGCCAAACGCAUUUCCCACCCCCGAAAAGCGAUCGACUCGAUUCCGUUCGACUUCGUUCACUUCGCUGUCUAGUUUCCCUUCGUUUCCAUCUACUUUUUCGCUCUCUGCCUUUUUCUCUCCCUCCUCCUAUCUCUCUUCCUGCACACUUUUGUUAUUUCCGUCUUUCAAUUAACUAGAUUAAUCGAUAACGAGUAAUAAAGAAAUUUCUAUAGGCGAUCGUCGUUUUAAAACGAUCAAAAUUUAAUCAUUACGGCGUGGCUUGUACCGCCAUGGUACGAUGGAACUACAUCGAGAGAGAAAGACGGUGAAACUAUAAAAUCGUUUUAAAUUUGUGAUACGACACACGCUCUCCGCUGACAGUUCGAACAAAAUAAUCUAUGCACCAGGGGCCACGAGAUCGAAAAUUUCUCCGUAAUCUAUUAUCUAAUAAUCUAUUUUUUUUUUAUAUUUAAAAGGUGUAUGUGUGAUACGGAAGGCUUAUGGUUUUUAACAGGGGUUAAGACGCGUGCUGUUAAAGGGAUCGAAGAACAAAGUCAAAUAUUUUCCCCUUCGAUUGUUCAUACGCGUGAACGAUGCGGGAUAUUUGACUUUGUUCUUCGAUCCCUUUAACAGCACGCGUCUUAAUCCCUGUUAAAAACCAUAUCGAUUUGAUCGUCAUCGAGCACGGGACAAAAACGAGAUAACUUGUAUAUACAUAGCUCAUUCCGGAUUACAAUAAUGCCAGGCAUUCUUAUCAUUUCUACCCGUUUGUGUUUUUAUCACUGCUUUCUUGUACAAUUAUCUCCCGUACCUACAUUUCUCUUCUCCCGGAAAUUGCGGUGACGUAAAACUCGUAAAAUUUAGACAAUUUAAAUAUGCGCUAACCAUUGUUAAUUAGAGAAAGAGAGAGAGAAAGAUAAAGAAAAAAGAGAGAGAUAGAGAGAAGAGGAGAGAGAGAGAGAGUAAAACCAAAAAUUUUUCUUGAUAUGUACUUCAGUUAAUGCAGUUUAUGGAGAUCUGUCACCGCAGUGAAUUAUCAGAAAAGAAAAUUUUCCCUUCUUGGAUUUUUUUUAAACAGCGGAAAAAUCCAAUAAGCGAAUAUAACAAAUGUAAUAUUGUCAGCAUGUGAAACGCGGCGUUUCUCGUCCUUGUACCGAGCGUAUUAUUUCUCUAUGUAAAGCGUCCCUGUUGUUUUUUUGUAGUGCAAAUAAAUAUUAUUAUAAGAAGUGA